AUGAAAACAAGAGAAAUGAAUCAACAGUUUGUGAGUGAGAGCUUUGGUGCUGGUGCUGGUGAACAUGAUGGAGCUCCAAAGAAGAGACAACGGAUGUCGGUGGUGUGUUUGAAUUGUAAAACUAGAAAAAUCAAAUGUGACAAAAAAAGACCAAGUUGUUCUAAUUGUGAAAAAUGUAAUGUUGGUCAUCUAUGUCGUUAUGAAGCUCCACAUUGGGUCAACAAUGUUAUGAAUGCAGAAGCCAAAUCUGAAACUAUAUUGUUACCACAAGUUUCCCCAGAUUCUCAACAAAGUAAUCAUAAAGAGUCAACUACAGAUCGUGACUAUGUAUUAAAAGAUGAAAUUAAAAUGUUGAAAGAUAAACUUAAUGGUAUUGAGAAAUCUUUAUUCGAGGUAGAUAUUGGUUUAAAUAAAAGAAAAUUUGAUGAUGAUACUUUGAAUUUCUAUACAAGUUAUAAUAGUUUGAAUAUCAAGAGAUCUGGAUUGGAAGAUUUGAAACCAUUGUCUUCAUCUUCAAUGACGAAGAAAGAUCCAUUUUUAGGAUUGGUUCAUGGCUAUUUCUUCCUUUGUGAAUCUUUAUUUGGUGCUACAAAUAGACGGAAAGUUAAAAGUGAUGAAAAAAGAUUAGAUAAUUCAUUGAUAUCAAUUCUUGAACUAUUGGGUGAAAGCGAAUCACCAUUAUUAAAACCUAUAAUUUCAAAACUUGUGGAGGAUAAAUUUAGUACAAACGCUUCUAAGGGUUCUUUAUUCCCAUUAUCAACAUUUAAAAGUGUUUUCAAACCUGUUGAUAACAAUAAUCUUAAGAAUGAAAUUGAAAGAAUAUUACCAUCAAGAUCAAUUAUAAAAUUAUAUAUUGCAAGAUUUUUCAAAUAUGUUCAUCCAAUGUAUCCAAUAAUUGAUGAAAAGGAAUUCACUGAACGUAUUUUCAAUACAAUUUUACAAAGUUCAGAUGAUGAAUCACGUAUAAAAUUGAAUUUUGAAGAUAAGUUAGAUCAGGUAUUAACUGCCACUUUAUUAAUAAUGCUAAGACUUUCACAUAUUACCAUCAACACCACGUUAUCACCAAGUGAAACAGUAUUGAAAACUCAUCCAAUUAGUGGACAUUUCAUAUUUAUUGCAAGAACUAUCUUAUCACAAUUCAACGUUAUGAGGAAAUCAAAUUUACAAAUUGUUCAAAGUUUAUUUCUUCUUAGAAUAUAUAUUCAUCUUUCACCAGAAGAUGGUGAUGGUCCCGGUUUGAAUCAUUCACAAGUAUUUUCAAGUCUAAUUGUUCAAUCGGCUUUUUCAAUUGGAUUAAAUAGAGACAUCAAGACAAACGUUGAAAUUAAUCAAACUUCAUCAUAUGUGAAUAUUUGGACUAAAAUGUGGCAUUCUGUUUUAGAUAUGGAUAGAAUUAUAUCUGCACUAUCUGGUGAAUCUUGUUCAAUCCAAAAUGUUGACUCUUAUGAACUUAGAUUUCCAAAUCCAUUGGAAAAUGAUUCACCAAUUGAAUCCAGUAUUCUUAAUGAAUUGGCCAAUAAUCAUAAAUUUCAAAUUUUAUUAAUCGAAAUCUUUCAAAUGGUUAAUAAUUUAAACUCAACCACAAAAAUUUCAGAUAUUUUGAGCUUAUUAAACAAACUUGAAGUGUUUUUAGCAAUAAAUUAUCCACUUAAUAGCUUAACAUUUAUUACCCAGGGAAAAGAAGAUGAAAUAAGUUAUAAAAACAUCAAAAUAUUACAAAAAAACAUCAUUGUUAAAUCUUUAUCAUUGAUGAUUUAUCAAAGUAUUUUCUUACAUUUUGAAUCAGAUUUCAAUUUAGUUAAACAUCAACAUUUUACAAAACUUUAUAUCCAAACUUCAGUGGACUUAUCAAAUAUUUUAUCAUCAUAUUUAAAUGAUUCAUAUAAACCAUACAUUGAUCCAAAUUUCAAUUAUUAUCUAAACACAAUAGUUGAAAAUUCAAUAUCAAGAGUCAUAUUUGCAUUCAUCUCACUUAUAACUCGUCUUUAUCAAGCUCAAAAAUUCUUUCAAAUUCUAAAAAGGGAAACCACUUCACCGGGUUUAGAUAAAACAUUAAACAAUUUAAUUAAAACUCUAUUACGCUCAGCAAUAGGUUUGAACACAUUAUUACAAUUCAAAUUAGGUCAUUCAUAUUACCAAGCUUUUAAAUCUUCAAUAACUCAUAAAUAUCAUUUAAGAUCCUUACAUAAAGAAGGAAAUAAAGUCAUUAAUGAUACAAAGGCAUUCUUAACUAUAGAUUCACCAGAACGUAAAAAUCUUGAACAACGUUUAUUAAACAAGAUAAUUGCAGAACAAGGUUUUAGUUUAAAAAAAUUAAAUGAUUUAGAUAACCUAAAUGGAUUUUUAAAGUAUGAAUACCAUAGUUUUGAAACCGUUUUUGAAUAUAUUGAAAAUAUUGAAGUUUUGAAAAGGGGGAAUGUUUGUUCAGAAAGGGCAUUAUGGGCAAGUUCUUUUGAUGAGUUUGCAAUCUUUGGAUCAAUUAAUGAUUACAAUGAUGAUAAUAUAGUUCAUAGUUUAAGAAGUACGAUUGAAGAUGAUUUCCAAUUUGAGUUUAAUGGGGAUUCAUCAAGUUUAUUGACUCUUGAACAACUUUUGAAUGGGGAUUUUUUUAAUUCUGCUAUAAUAGAGCAAAAGGGUUAG